CAAAGUCCCGAUGACGCACCGGAAGCAUUGGCGCUUUAACCGGAAACUUUAAGUCAGAGGAGCUCAAUGUGACAUUUCGGAGCGGUUAUUUCUGAACUGUUAUAGAAGAAUAAGAAUGUUUCUCACUACUGUAAACUUUGCCAAGAGCAAAUCUAAGACAUUGCUGGUUCAGAUGGUGAGUGCAGCUGGCACAGGUUACUGUUUUAACACGAAGAGGGGCCGAUUGAGGGACAAACUGGUUUUGCGAAAGCAUGACCCAAUAGUGAACAAACAUGUUCUGUUCAUUGAGAAGAAGAAGAUACGAUCUCUUUAAAAAAUGGGAGAAACUCUUUUGAUGCAGAUACUGAGAAAAUGGACUUUUUAAAGUGUUACUGGCGUAAAACACCUGCCACAGUGUGAU